GCACGCACAGAGCGAGCCGAGCCCCGGCCCGGCCGCCAUCAGCAGAGAGAAGCCGCCCGGCCCCCGCCUCGGCCGCGACAUGGAGGCCGUGAAGGCCUUUAACAGCGAGUUGUACUCGCUGAAUGAUUAUAAGCCACCCAUUUCUAAAGCUAAAAUGACACAGAUCACCAAGGCAGCAAUCAAGGCUAUAAAGUUCUACAAGCAUGUUGUGCAGAGUGUUGAGAAAUUCAUUCAAAAGUGCAAACCAGAAUACAAGGUGCCUGGUCUGUACGUCAUUGAUUCGAUUGUGAGGCAGUCCCGGCAUCAGUUUGGGCAAGAGAAGGAUGUAUUUGCUCCAAGAUUCAGCAAUAACAUCAUCAGCACUUUUCAGAACUUGUAUCGUUGUCCUGGGGAUGACAAGAGUAAAAUUGUCAGAGUGCUAAACUUAUGGCAGAAAAAUAACGUGUUCAAGAGUGAAAUUAUUCAGCCUCUUUUGGAUAUGGCAGCAGGAAUUCCUCCACCAGUUGUGACCCCCGUCUUGCCCAGUACUACUGCUGCUAUGAGCAACAAUACACCAGGAACACCUGUGACUCCAGUUACUCCAGCCAAUGUGGUGCAAAGUUUACCUGAUCCUUGGGUAUCUCAGAUUGCUAAUACAGAUACGCUUGCUGCUGUUGCCCAGAUUUUACAGAGUCCCCAAGGCCAACAGCUUCAGCAGUUGAUACAGACGCUGCAGAUACAGCAGCAGAAACCUCAGCCUUCACUACUUCAAGCCCUGGAUGCUGGUCUUGUCGUUCAGUUACAGGCCCUAACUGCACAGCUUACAGCUGCAGCUGCUGCUGCCAAUACACUUAAUCCGUUGGAACAGAGUGUCUCUUUUAAUAAGAAGCUGAUGGACAGGUUUGACUUUGGGGAAGAAUCUGAACAAAAUGAAGAGUCUAAGAAGGAACCUCCCACUUCCCAACUGCCAUUAGUACCAGAAUCUGUGAACAACUCACUUUUUCACCAACUAGCUGAACAAUUGCAGCAACAAAAUUUAGAACAUCUCAGACAACAACUUCUGGAGCAACAGCAGCCUCAAAAGGCAAGCCCUGAGGAAAAUCAGGAAGGGAAUUUUGGUUCAGAACACUCUGCAUCACCUUCACAAGGGAGCAGUCAACAGCAAUUUUUAGAAGCAGAAACAAAUGUAGAUGAUUCAAUGGAUAUUCAACAACAGGACAUGGACAUAGAUGAAGGACAGGAUGUUGCUGAGGAAGAGAUUUUUGAACAAGAAGAAAAAAAAUCUGCUGUUCGUUCAAGAUCAAGAACUCGUUCAAGAUCUCGUUCAAGGUCACCAAGGAAAAGAAGGUCUAGAUCACGAUCUGGUUCUCGUAAGCGCAAACACAGAAAGCGUUCACGCUCAAGAUCAAGAGAAAGGAAGAGAAAGUCAUCUCGGUCCUACUCCAGUGAAAGAAGGGCCAGGGAAAGGGAAAAAGAACGUCAGAAAAAGGGAUUGCCUCCAAUACGGUCAAAAACACUAAGUGUUUGCAGCACUACUCUUUGGGUAGGUCAAGUAGACAAGAAGGCAACACAGCAAGAUUUGACCAACUUGUUUGAAGAAUUUGGACAAAUAGAAUCUAUUAAUAUGAUUCCCCCAAGAGGUUGUGCAUAUGUCUGCAUGGUUCAUAGACAAGAUGCAUAUCGUGCUCUUCAGAAGCUUAGUUCUGGGUCCUACAAAAUUGGAUCUAAAAUUAUUAAGAUUGCCUGGGCUUUAAAUAAAGGUGUGAAAACAGAGUAUAAGCAAUUCUGGGAUGUGGAUCUGGGAGUUUCAUAUAUUCCUUGGGAGAAGGUAAAACUGGAUGAUUUGGAGGGCUUUGCUGAAGGUGGCAUGAUUGAUCAGGAGACAGUAAAUACAGAAUGGGAAACAGCAAGGAGCUCAGAGCCUCCUAAAGAAAAUAUUCAAACUACGCAGAGUACUGCAGUUGAUAAGAGCACAGUGAUUACAACACAGACAGAAGCUUACACGCAGCCAGUCACUAUGCUGCAGAUUCCAGUAGCUCCAGCUGUGCCUGCUGUUAGCUUAGUUCCACCUGCGUUUCCUGUCACAAUGUCUGUCCCUCCUCCUGGUUAUAGUGCCAUUCCUCCUCCACCCUUCUUGCGAGCAAGUUUCAAUCCUUCACAGCCACCUCCAGGUUUUAUGCCUCCUCCAGUUCCUCCUGUUGUUCCUCCUCCUGUUGUCCCACCACCUGUUGUCCCACCAGUUGUUCCAACAUCUUUAGUACAGCCUCCAUUACCAAUUGCUCAAGAGACGAUGAAGGAUGUACCUUUUACUGGCCUGGUUCUACCAGUUGUUGGCACAGUUAGUAGCAAUCUAGCUACUCCAACGUUAUCUUCUGGAAGCAUCUUUAAUCCUCUGCCAAUCAACAAACAAGAAUCUGAUGAAAAGGGAUCUCAUCUUGCAGACCUUCAGAUUUCUUCCAGUGAAAAUGGUAGAGCUGUGCAAAGUGAUGUCUCAAGUAGCUCUGGACUUGUUGGAGGAAUGCAGCCACCCAGUGUCUCAAGCAGUUCUGGGUUAACUGGAGAAGGCCAGCCACCCAGUGUCUCAAGCAGCUCUGGACUUGCAGGCGGAGUACAGCCACCCAGUGUCUCAAGCAGCUCUGGACUUGGAGGAGGAGUGCAACCACCAACUGUUUCAAGCAGUUCUGGUCUUGCAGGAGGAGUGCAACUACCCAGUGUCUCCAGUAGCUCUUCUCUUGCAGGAGGAGUUCAGCCAACCAGCGUCUCGAGCAGCUCUGGACUUAUGGCUGGAGUGCAACCACCAAAUGUCUCAAGUAGCUCAGGGCUUCUAGCUGGAGUGCAUCCACCCAAUAUCUUAAGCAGCCCUGGCCUUCUACCAGGAAUGCAGCCUCCCAGUGUUUCAAGUAGCUCAGGAGUUCUGGCAGGAGUACAGCCACCGAGUGUCUCAAACAACUCUGGUCUUCUCCUAAUGCCACCACCGAACGUUUCAAGUAGUUCUGGACUUAUGGGAGUGCCACCACCAAAUAUUUCAAGUAACUCUGGACUUCUGGCAAUACAGCACCCAGCUGGUGUUCAAAAUAUGCCUCAUUUAAAUAUUAGUAGUCAAAGGAUGCCAGGAAUGCCUCUCAUAGAUAUCCGUCCAGGCCUAAUGCCCCAUUCACCUGGACCAAGGUUUCCAUUAAUGCAGCCAGGAAUACCACCACAGCGUAGUAUUCCUCCUCCAGCAAUCCUUGAUCCAUCUCUUCACCCUCCACCUCGAGGUCCUUUUCCUCCAGGAGAUAUUUUUAAUCAAACAGAAAGACCUUUUGCAACACCAGGAAGACAAAAUAUUGAUAGCAUUUCUAAUCCAGAGAAAAGGUUACCACUUGGAGGCGAUAAUAUUCAGCAGGAGGGAGACAGAGAUUAUCGCUUUCCUCCAGUGGAAAACCGAGAUAAUCUCAACAGACCAUCCCAAGUGGAUGUCAGAGAUUCUGUUGGACGACCACCAGUUGAUCCAAGAGAGGGCAUAGGAAGACCUCCAGUAGAUGGAAGAGAACAUUUUGCAAGACCUCAUGUUGACAUGAGAGAAAAUUUUGGAAGACCAGGUAUAGAUAAUCUUGGUCGAAGAGAGCAUUUUGCUUUCAAUUCAGAUAAGCACUGGGGACAAAGAGGAGAUUAUGAUGAAAGAGAGCACCAUGCCUUUCCUAUUUAUGGUGGCCCUAAAGGCUUCCAUGAGGACAGAGAGAGAUUUCGGCAUGUAAACUAUAGGUUUGAUAGUAGAAGUGGUCCCACCUGGAAUAGAGGAUUUGAACAAGAUGCUCACAGAGAUUUUGAUGACCGCAGAAGACCCUGGGAAAGACAGAGGGACAGGGAUGACAGAGAUUUUAACUUCUGCAGAGAAAUCAAUGGAAACAGGUUUGGAAGAGACAGAAUGUCAAACAACUGGAUCCCCCCUCCACACCCACGGGUUUUUGAAUACUUUGAUGGGGCCACUUCCCAACGCAAAGCGGAUAAUUUGCCCCAGGUAAACGGUGAAAAUACAGAGACAGAAAGUCAACCACCAACUGCACAGGUGCAGGAUGAUCCAGAACUUUAUGAAAAACUGACAUCUUCCGUCGAGAUAAACAAAGAGAAGAGUGACACAGAAGCUGAUAUAGAAAGUGAACCAGUGGUAGAAAGCACAGAAACUGAGGGGACAUAAUCAUCACUCAGUAGAAAUCAGGGGGCUUUGUGUUUUGGUGGCUUAAUACUGAAGGAGAAAAUCUUGUUAAAUUGCUGAGAGGAAUUGGCUGCUUAGGUAAAUGAGUAGCACUAUUCUCUCUUAUUUCACAUACUUUGCUGCUUAUGUCCUUCAAAUUGGUGGUGGAGCAUUUAAUAUUGUAAGAUUUUCAAUUUGUUUCACUGAAAUGCAUUCCACCAACUUCUUUCAACGUAACUUUUGUUAAAAUUCUGUCUGAAGGCAUUUCAUUUAGCUCUGAAGAAGUUGUUAUUCUCUUGCAUAGUAGUAUCAGAGAGGUGGAUUCUGUUAUCCCAAUGCCUCUUUUCUAGAAGAAAUGUUUUUAGCUCAGAUUAGAAUUUUGAUCUUUACUGUUAAAGUGUAAACAUGCAAGUUUUAAUUCCCCUUCCAAUUCUUCCAAAGGGAUGACAAUAUGAGUGUGUCAUGUGAGUGUAAAGUACAAGCAAGAUUUUGGAAGCAGAAUCAAGUUAUACAUGUGUUUCUUGCCAUCUUCCUCUGGUACAUGGGUUACUUUUUCAUGCUGUGACAUGGUUCAGUUUAUCGAUUAUAGGGAUUUUUAUUCUGGACAGUAAAGAGCCAGCUUAAUGAAGGUAAUCCUUUGAAAAGAGUGGAUAUGACUGGUUCUUUAUCUACUAUGCAAUCAGUAGUCAUUAGGGUGUAGUGAGGUGAAUUAAAUAAUUAUUGCUUUGACCUUGCUGAUAUGUUUAUUCCUAGAACAUGUCUUGCGAUUUGAGGUGAACAAUAUUUAAAGUGAAAGUACCUUCAUGUGCAGUCUGUAUGGCUCAAAGAAGUUGCUUGAUAAUGCUGCGCAACCUAGCAGUAGUAUUCAGGUCAGGCAGAUACAGUUCUGGAAGUCCAAACAUGCAAAACAGGUGUGAGGGCACUUCGUGUAUUUAAGGGAUUUUCUUUUUUUUGUUUUUGUAUUGUAGACUGAAAAUACUUCAGCCACAGACCAUGUAAAUACUCAGAAUCAAACACAUAUUGGCAGUAGCUUUUGUUUACAAAUGUUUUGUUAAAUGCUUUUUUAAAACUAAAAGUUAAUCUGUUUCUCUAAACUGAGAUCUACAGUAUGCUAAAUUACUCAUAGUAUGAUGGUAUAGGUAAAUUACUAGGUAGAGAGUUUAAAUAAUUCAACUAGUAGUGGUAUAAAACAAUGUAUUAUUUAAUGACUUUUCAUCUUUGUUAAUAUCUUUUAAACGUUAAUAAAUUGGCUACUGUACGUAUGUGUUACACCAUCAAUUUCUAACAGAAUUUUUUCUAGAAUAAAAUUUUAUUGUACAGUUUUCAGUUGCAUCUUGUUUACAGCUAGAACUGUUUCAUUUCUUAUUUUACUGAUUUGGAGUGCAGAUGAAUAUUACCAGAAGAACAAUAUUCAGUAAUACUAGCAAACCUAGUAUGGUCUCUUCAACUUGCUGGUGAAAAAGUUUGAGUGAAAACCUUCUCAUUUUAGAUUAAGCCAUGGUAAAGCAACAUAUGCCUUGAAAGGAGCUGUCCUAGCAUCCAACACUUUGAUGUAGUUAGCAAUAGCGUUGUACUUUUUCCUAACACAAAGGGAAGAGUAAGAGAGGGACAUAGAGAAAAUAGGGGCCAGGCUUCUAGGGAGCAGUUCUCAUUUAUGCCAGGUUAAAGCCUUCUGCCAUGACAAAAGCUAUUCAUUCUAGCAACUUAAAGCAGCUGAUCCAUACUUGGUCUUUUUGUCUACAAAAGUGAUAUGUAUGAAUAGCUCCAAAUAGUUCUGCAGACAACACAAACAAUAUGUUUGAGUAUGCACAUUCACUUGAAAACCUCAUGCAUUAGUAAGUUGUUUAAUGUUUGUUUACCAUUUCAAACAGCCUGUGAUUCUGACUUCACUUGAACAGAAUGAUAGAUCCAUUAAUAUUAUAAAGAUGAAACAUAGCCUUUAUUUACUAUAAUGACACAGUCCCUUUGCUGAAGAUAUAUUCUGUGAAAUAUUGGUACACUUUUGUUUUUAUACACAGUGCUCCACAUUGUUACUGCAAACUCAAGGGAAUAGGUUGCGAGAUUCCUACAAUUUACUAGAGUAAUGUACCACCCUUCAAGCCAUGUCAAUGAUUUAAAUUGCUUUAUUUCUGAAGAUGCCUUGAAUAAGGCAAUACAGGACUACUGUAAUCAAGUCUACAGUGUGGAAUGAAUAGACAUUAGUUAAGCCAGUAUUGGAAGACUGUCAAAUAAAUUGUCUAUAGAAGAUAUUUGUAAAAUAAGCCAAUUUAUUGCGGUGAUCUCUCAAAACAAUGUCAGCAGUUUUGAGCAUGUCCAGGGAUACAUUAUGCCAGUCUUCAUAGAAACAAAGAAUGGUUUGGUUAAAAGGGACCUGAAAGAUCAUCUAGUCCAACUCCGUUGCAGUGGGCAGGGACACCUUUCACUAGAUGAGAUUUUACUAUAUUAAGUCUCAUCCAGCCUGAACUUACACGCUUCUGGGGAUGGAAUAUCUGCAAUUUUUCUGGCAACCUGUUCCAGUAUCUAUCAGUCUCAUAGUGUAGAAUUUCUUCCUUACAUCAAAUCUAAAUCUGUCAUCUUUUAAUUUAAAGCAAUUACCUUUGUCAUAUCACUACACUUCUUGAUAAGUCAUCCCUUAUUGUCUUUCUUGAAAGCCCUUGUGAGUACUGGAAGACUGCAAGGUAUAUAUUACUUCCCUAGAGCCUUCUUUUUUUCUAGACUGAACAGCCUGGACUCUCACAGCCUUUUCUCAUAGAAGAGGUGUUUCAGUCCUCUGAUCAUCCUUGUGAUCGUCCUCUGGACUCGCUCCGACAGAUCUGUGUCUCUCUUGUGUUGGCAUCCCUGGAUCUGAAGAUAGUGCCUGCAGGUGAUGUCUGACAACAGUGCAGUAGAGAGCAUCAGUCAGUCAUGUCACUUUAUCUGAUUUCUCUACUUUUAACGCAGCCCAGGAUAAAAUUGGCUUCCUGGGCUGCAAACACAAAUUGUGUGAAGAUUUUCAUCCACCAGUACCCUCUCAUAAUUUUCUUCAGGACUGUUAGCAUGUUCAUCCGUUCUGUACUGAUUUGAGAUUGCACCAGCUCAGAUGCAGCAGCUUGUACUUGUCCCUGUUGAAUUUCAUGAGGUUCAUGUGGGCCCAUUUCUCAAGUCUGUCCAGGUCCCUGUAGAUUGCAUCCCUUCUCUCUAAGGUGUUACCAACACCACUCAGCUUGGUGUCACCCACAAACUUGCAGAGGGUUCAUUCGACCCCGCUGUCCAUGUCACCAAUGGAGAUAUUAACCAGUAUCAAUCCUCAUGGAUUGUCCCAUGAGGGACGCUACUCAUCAUUAGUCUGCCUGUGGACAUCGAGCUAUUGACUAGAACUCUUUGAAUGUGACCAUUCAGCCAAUUUAUCCAUGCAAUAGUCCAUCUGUUAAAUCCAUGUCUGUCUAAUUUGGAGAUGAGAAUGUUACAUGGGACCAUAUCAAAGUUGACAUCAAGAUGACAUCAGUUGCUCUUCGCUUUAUCCAUCAGUGCUGUCACUGUCGUACAAGGCCACCAAAUUAGGCAUGCAUGAUUUGUCCUUUUUGAAGCUAUGCUGGCCAUUUCUAAUCACCUUCCUGUCUUCUGUUUCAUCUUCAUGCCUUAACAUGGUUUCCAGGAAGAUCUACUUCAUGAUCUUACUAAGCAUUGAAGUGAGGCUGACUGAUCUGUAGUUACACUUCUUAAAAAUGGGUGCUAUGUUUCCCGUUUUCAACUUACCAGGUACUUCCCCUGACUUACGAAAGGUGAUGGAUAAUGGCUUAGCAACUUUAUCUGCCAGUUCCUUCAUUGCCUCAUCUUCUGCAUGUAGCAAUUAAAACUUCUUAUGCUCUUAGAAAAAUAUCUUUCAGUAUCUGCCAGCUCCUUUAUCUCCUGAGAUACUCUCCCAGGAAGUCCUUUAUCCACCUUUAGCAGCUGAAAGUUUGCCUCCCUGAGAUCCUUACUAUAUUUUUAGGCCAGACUAAAUUCCUCAGGAACAUGAAUCCUACUAGGACAUAAUCACUGCAGCCCAGGCUACCUCCAGUCUUGAUUUCUCCAGUAAGUUCCUGUGCAUCAAUGAUCAGCAGAUCCGAUGACACUUUAAAGUGCUCAUUUUGUUGAUAGAUUUUCCACUAAGUCAAACCUUCAGAUCAUUUAAUUUGAAGCUGGUAAAAAUUUCAUUAUUUUUGAUUCCAGUAAUAUAGUUCUAAAAUAACAACAACCAAAAAAUGGCUUUUCUAUUUUAAUGGGAUUUUAUAUUUUACUUAAUGGAAUUUUCUAUUUUAAAGGAAUCUUAAGAGUAAGAAGUUUAAAACAAAGUGUCAGAAGAUACUGAGAGUAACUAGGACAAUUUUAUUGUUGCUAAGUAAGGUGAUAAAGGGAUCUUUCUCUAUUGAUUAGCUAAAUUGCAGUUAGCCACAUUUGCCUUUCAAGUGCUGAGCUUUCACAUGUAAAGAUGUACUGAGAAGCCAUCUACUUCUUGUGUAGCUGAGAGAGACUGAAAAAAUAUGGAAGCAGAAUCUCUUAAUUUUGCUGCAAAAUUUCAAACUUUGUUGUGGUUGUUUUAAUUUGAAGCCAUUUAAGUGGACAAGAAUUGCAAAAAGGUUGGACUUUUGUUUACUUUUUUUUUUUUCCUCUCCAGGGGCAAAUUUUAUAUCAUAUUGCAACUAGCCUUAUAUUUCUCCUUGAAGCAUCAUCUUAGUGGUGGUAUUCAUCCCACAAAGUUUGUGCAAGCACUUUGAGUACUCAACAUUUUGAAGUUUUGUUAUAUCUCAUAAUCAAGAAAGAUUAAAUAGAGCUACUGAAAACAAAAUCUGUAGCACCUCUUUAAGAGUAGUAACUUUUAGGGAAGGUGUAUAAGGUCUGGAAAGUGAUUCUUGAAAGCAGUAGGAUACUUAAUAGUUGAGUUGGUAGUUUUUUGUUCUUUGUUUCUCUGAAGUUGAUAAACUGUAAAACUGUAUUUGCCAAAAUGAUUGUAUUCCAUUCUAUUUUGCACAGACUUCAUGAAAAGGGGAAGUUUCACUGAGCUUCUACUGUUACUAUCUUACAGAUGUUCAGCUACCAUGGAUUAGAGGAAGGCAAAGUCUGAUGUGUGCACUCUUAAAACUCAAGUAGUUGCUUGAUUGAUUGAUGUGCAGUUGAAGAUGACUGUAUUUCUCUUUUUAAGAAGUUUAAAACGCACUUGCAUGGAAACAGUGCAGUCUGUUUAGUAAUCUUAUUCUGUAGUUUGUCAUUUGUCUUUUAAAGUUAACUCCCUAAUGCUAGUUUUAAUUCUCUUCUUAUAAAACUAAAUCACACUGAUUCCUUUAGGUGAGGAAUUUAUUUUGUUCUUUACAGAUAAAGUCUUCUCAAGUAGUAUUUCAACCUGUUGAAAAUUCUAGCAGACACUAUGAAUUGGACCUAAUACAAGCAAUAGUUAGAUAAUGUCCAAGAAGGAAUGGCUUGCCAACCUAGAUUGAUAUCAAAUAAAACUUACAAAAUGUGAAUAAAACUUUCUUUUUUAGAUUUAAUGAAAAUGAAUACAUACAUUUUGAUUAAAUAUUCACUCAAUAAGAAGCAAGCAUCCAAAGAUAUUACUAGUCCAGAGCAUUUUCCCAAAUGUUGUUCAUAUGACAAAAGAAAAAAAGGAAAACUAGGAAGGGUCAGAUAGAUGUGUAAGUAUUUGUAAGUUUACAAUAUCUUGGAAAAAUUACUUGAUAGAAACAUGAAUACAUCGCUUUUGGCUCUUUUAAGUAGUAGGUGCUGCAGAACACAGAAGGCUCCAGGUAAAGAGUGAACCAACUUGUCUGGAAGAAAUGUGUGGAGCUGAGAUGUUAGUGUAAAAUCCGAGAGUUACAUUGCCUUGCUCUUGUUACUCCAGUCUGAAUGCUGAUUAGAGGAUGCUCAAAUUUGUUGCAUUUUCAAUUACUUCUGGUGUUCAGGUAUAUGACCAAUACAGACACAGUAAGUGACAAGUUGUGAAUGAUGAGGUUGGUGGCCCUGCGUGUGGCAAGGUAACUGGAACUUGGUGAUCCUUGGGGCCACUUCUAACCCAAGCCAUUCUAUGAUUCUAAGACCAGUUGUUUACCUGUGAGAUUUUGCCAUUGGCUUCACUGAAUCCAGAAUUUCAGACUCUGUCCAGUGUGUUUUCUCUUUAGCAGCCAUUAGAAAAGCUAAGGUGCUAGAUUAUCUGGUUCUAGUUUCAUUUUCUGAUUUCUACUCUUUAAAGCCUAAAGCUCUCUAAGAGGUAGAAUGUGUUUGUUUUUAUGAUUUAAUUCAUAAGUAAGUAUUCAUAAGAAGUAUUCAU